AUUCAGUGUUGGGUUCGCUUCUAGAACGUUAAUUAAUUUCAUAAAUUGCAUUGUUUAGCAAGUCUGCAAUUUUCAAGUGGAACUAAGUGGAACUUGUUACUAGAAUAUUCCAGGGUCAUCUAUAUGUAUGGCCAUGUUAUGCUCCUCACCUUCAUCUGUGUAGUACAAAGUAGAAACCAGAAAACUGAGUAGGGAAGCAACAUAUCUAAGAGUAAUGGCACUCCAGGCAUGUGGCUUUGGGCAAAUUUUCAGGAGGUUCAAACCACACCUCCUCAUGGUUUUGGUUCAGAUGGGUUAUACAUUCCUCUACUUCAUAACAGAGGCAUCAUUUAACCAUGGAAUGAAUCCCCAUGUGUACAUAACUUAUCGACAUAUAGUAGCUGGUUUUGCGAUGCUGCCCUUUGCUUAUUUCCUUGAAAGAAAAGGAAGACCAAAGCUGACAAUAGCAUUGUUUGCAGAGAUAUCUGUGCUGUCUCUCCUAGGGGUCAGCUUAACUCUGAACAUGUAUUUUGCAAGUUUGAGAUAUACCUCACCCACAUUCCUUGCUUCAGUUGUCAACACCAUUGCUUCCUUGACCUUUAUAAUUGCAGUCGUACUCAGGUUGGAAUCUCUCAAUAUUACAAGCCCCCGUGGCACAGCAAAAAUUCUUGGGACCGUGGUUUCAUUGGCUGGUGUAACAACUAUGACAUUGUACAAGGGACCUGCAAUGAGAAACAUAUCAGGUGCUUUUAUUCAUAUCCAGGGAAACCAAAUCCAUGAAAACUGGUUGAAGGGCUCAAUCCUUACUGUGGCAAGCUGUAUAACAUGGUCAGUGUGGUACAUUAUGCAGGCUGUGACAUUGAAGAGAUAUCCGGCACAACUUUCUCUGACUACAUGGAUGUGCUUUGUUGGGGGAGCACAAUCAGCUGUGUUCACAGUGUUCAUGGAACACAAGCCAGCAGCAUGGAUAAUUGGGUUCAACAUCGACUUCUGGUCCACCAUAUAUGGUGGAGUGGUCUGCUCUGGUAUAAUAAUCUUCGUUCAACUAUGGGUUACAGAACAAAAAGGCCCAGUUUUUGUGACAAUGUUUAAUCCCCUCUCAACCAUAUUAGUGGCAGUUAUCGCAUACUUUGUUCUUGGUGAAAGACUCUACAUGGGAAGCAUACUGGGAGGAGUUAUUGUCAUCAUUGGUCUCUACUUGCUGUUGUGGGGUAAAGAAGGAGACCAAGAAACUAGCAUCAAGCCUCAAGAGCUCUCCUAUUUGGAUUACGAAAAGCAAAAGGAAUACAAGAAACAAUUAGUUAGUAAUAGUUCAGUGGAAAAGGAGGUACAUGAAAGAGAUCCUUAGACCUGCAACCGAUUUGGCACACAUCCUGUGAGAUAACUAGAAACCCAGGUGAAAUGAACUAAGCCCCUCUAUAUGUAUUGGGUUUUUUUUUCUUCACAAGCUUCUGUAAACAAAUGGUAGUUUGAAUCCGGAAAGAAAGAAAGGGAGAAUUUUACCAAGUUUUUCCAGUCUCGAAGAAAUAUUAUUACACUCGUGGUGCAACUAUUAAAACUUUUGCGUCUGAGAAGCUA